AUGCCGGAAAUUCUAACCGUUGAAUUGAAAAGACCGGAUUCGAGUCAUUCUUGGGGAAUAUGCUUUGCUGUUCUACCUGAUGGACCGGAAAUUCUAAGGGUGAGUUCCGGUGAUUUUUUUGACUAUUGGUUCUUUUCAAAUGUGCGUACACGAAAAGGAUUCGCUAACUUUGAGGUUACUUCCACAAAGUCAUGAACCAAAUGCCCGCUUUAGAUCUUUUAUGAGUAUAGGUAUUUCUGCCCUUCGUUAACUGAAGUAAACCUAAUUUUCUGAAAGGUCAUCAUCAUUUUAUACAAAUUGCAGUGGUUUCUAAAAAGCCACAAGCUUUGAGCAAACGAAUGCUUGCUAAGUGUCUUGUUUUAUUUGCGCCUGUAAAGCUUUCGGGGGCGUCCAAAGGUUAGGUAAAUAUAUUUCAAGAGGUUCGGUUAAAGUCCAUGAGGAAAUAUUAAACCAAAAAGACAUUUUGGACAUCCGUCCCAUUUAUUGUGAAUAUGAGAACUAGAGAUUUAGCAAAUGCUCUCAAAUGCGUACAUUCUAUUGGGCUUAUACUUACUAUUCACGAAGGUCUUUACCGAACUUCGGCGAGCUUUUAUUUCAAAUGGAAUAAUGUUCGAAUUUUUUUGUACAAGAGGAAAAACCUGCUCAGCUGAAAUUUUCUUAUGAGGUAGGCCGUUCAGUCGGAUGACAUGGCGAACGUACCACACUUGUUAGAGAAAUACUGACGAAAACAGACGUCCCAUCCAUGGCCCAUGUGUUCACAUUCGUUGAUAAAGUUUGGUUUAAACUGCGUGUUGGACUGGGUGUUUUUUAUAACACAGUGACAGUAAAGGUAUUUUUUCUGGUGAGCGAAACUCCCGAGGCAUGUGUACAUUUACCUUUGCCGACUCGACGAACAGUCGAGUUGGUAAUUGUUGGGCGUGAACAUUUCGACGUAGUUAUUUCGUAAUUUAAACUACUAAUAAGGCCGAAUGCAGAACGAAUGUGCUCCAAUGUUUCAUAAUGUUCGACUGUCCUUUUUUAUGUCCGUUGGAAUACCGAUUUCCAUUUUGGAGAAAAUGAACUGGAAUACAUAUGAUAUUCCCCUCACUAUUGUAUGUGCCACACAGCAAGUCGACUUUUUUAUUUAUACUAGAACUGAAACAUUAAAUCCAGAGUGAAAAUAAUACACACUUAUUUUAGAGAGAUUUUUCAAGAAUUACUUGUAGAGGUACUAUUCAGGUAACAUCCUACAUGAACCACUUGAGUCCUUUAUUGCAUGUAUGACUCUGAUCUGAAUAUUUAUGGUAAACAAUAUCGAUUUCCUUUAGGGGGAAAUAGGGGUGUCCAGUGCUGAUUACUAAACGUCGGAUAAUUUGUAGAGUUCUCUGGAAAAAAUCUAUGCGUCGCGUGUCAUGUGCAGGCAGAGGAGUUAGAUACUUUGUUUUCCAACAGACAGUAAGACUUAUGACUUGAGAUCGAGGGAUCAUAAGGAAGUUCCGUACUGGUUGCGGCACGUUAAAUUCUCCAUAUUAAAAAGGCACACUGAUGUUUUAAAUACUGCAAGGCAGACUGUUUGAGGUCUUAGAGGAAAAGUGUGAUACGGAGGCUGAAAGUAAAAUUCUCUCCCUAGCUACAUGCUUUAUAUUAGUUUAGAAAACCCCAAAGAAAAAGCAUGCAGCUACGAAACAGCAGAUGAGCUUAACUGUAAUUCAUUCGGUCCCUACUGGAUGAGGGCGGUGAUCCGUCAUCAUAUUUUACUAAAUGCUGACCUUAAUCCUACAUGGUUCCGGAGCCUGUGUGUACAGUUUUGUCUUCACCUUAGGAUUAAUGUUUAGAGACUGUCUUUCAAAACGUUUAUUGGCAAAUCAAGAAUUCUCGCCUAAGGUGAAGAUUUAAAGGACGUCCUGUGCUUAUACAAUUUCCAUCUUAGUAGAAGUCGUAGCUGUGUAUUUCUGUUUCUGGCCUUCUUUAUGCUCAUUUCAAUUAUCUACGUGGAGCAUGCCUUUUGCCCCCUUGGAAUGUAGGUAAUGCGCGAAAGUCCGGCCUUUGGAAGACUGAAAAAUGGCCAGAUCAUCAAACGUGUGAAUGGCCAGCCGGUGGUGGGACUGACACGGGAGGAAAUCUGUGAACUUUUGGCCGCUGGUGACGAGGAUCUCAUUCUUGAUGUGCAGGAGUGAGUCAAAAAUAUGUCCUUUUAAGGCCUGACUCUACGUUAAUUUUGCUUCGAGUCAACCCCAUCCCCGGGUCCAGCUACACUUAAACUACAGCGUCUCAAAGCUCUGUUUCUACGGGUUUUCCUAAACCCAUUUUCAGCCUCAGCACUCGUUGACAGUAUUUUGACUAGCAAGCUAAGACUGUCUUAUAUCGGUUUGAGUGCGCAAAUAUCUGCAUAACAGUUCGACCAUCUUAACCGACGAUGCCUACCGUGUGCUCCUCAGAAAGGUGAAACAGGCACGGUGGCUUGAGCGUGAAUUAGUUUAUAGUGAGAGUUGGCUUGCGAAGCAUCUACUGCACUCUCUCCUCCUCCCCAGUUGAGCCCGGUGUCAAGACAUAGUCAAGAAGACUGGAGAUGGGAAAGGAUGCAGGUGACUGGUACGGUCGGACCCGCACCUGGACGUGCCACCGCACCCCUGGUCCACAACAAACACUUGACCAGGAUUUUGACUAGUAAUAGCAUCCCAACAGGUUAGAAGGACGACGAGGAUGACUGGGCAACCAUCCUCACGACCUGUAUACCCAGCGGGAGCGCAAGCGCAUCUACCGGCAGGGAACCAGGUGUCAGGGAACUGCCAGCACAUACCAGGCUGCGAUGGCCAUGGUUUGCUGAUACUGGCAUAGCACACGCUUGUAGAUCUUUCACGUAGAAGUGCGAAACGUGGCCCUGCAUUUAGGUUUGGCCAUCACCCUUCAAGGUUAGGUAACCAAACAGUCGUCGACUGAGAGGCACUACCCAUAAAGCACUCAUACUCUCCUCACAUGCAUGAUAGUGUCACAGGUUGUUUGAGAAGGGACCGUGACAGCCUGGCUAUCAGCCCACCAGUUUGCCACUCCACACAUUCACGUACGACAACCGGGCAGACAGCGUGAACUGGGCUGAGGCGUCAGCAAGUAACUACCUACUCUUCUUCCACACUUGCCUUAUAUAUUGAUUUUUUGUGAGGUUAUUGUAACCGACAGUUUGACCGUCGUUACCGACGAUGUCCAGCGUGUACUCCACAACAGGGUGGGAGCAGGGACGGUGACUUACACAUGAACUAGUCUAUAAUGUUAGUAGUCUUGCGUAGCAUCUACCACACUCUCUCUCCUCCACUCCCCACCUGAACCUGGUAUCAAGACAGAGUCAAGAAGACCGGAGGCGCGGAAGGACGCAGGUGGGUAGCACGGCACGGUUUGCUGAAUAAUGACAUAGCGGACGUUCAUAAACCCUAGGUUCUACCUAUACUGCCUCCGUAUAUUCACCUUACGCAUCGGUCUGGUACAUCACCUGGAAAUGCAUAGCACUGAGACUGGAGAACCAGCACCCGGAGCAUAGACGUCAACCCGCCAACACGUUUGUUCUUUAUACUGAGCAAAUUUACUACCGUUCUGAGUCUGCAAAAGCACCAACCUGGGAAGUACGGAGGUCUAAAUGGGGGCAUUCUUCGUACUCUCAACGUUGGCAUUUCAGUUUCAAUUCCACGUUUCGAACUCAGCACUUAAUUGUGAAUGCUCAUCUUGACCGUGACUUGUGCUAUUAAUCACUGAUGAGUUUUUAAGAAUCUCAGUUGAACAGAAUGCAUUCCUUUGCCUUUUGCAGCCCUCUUCCUUUGGACUACAGAAUUCGCGAGUUUGGUCAUGAAUAUAACCGGCGUUCCGUCGAACCAACUGGCCGACGUAAGUACUUCAGUAAUACCACAUCCGUCCACUAGGGGGUCGUAUCAGCCAUUUAUGCAUGCCACAUUAAGAACUUAGAUAAAAGUUUUCCAAGUUAUUUAGUGCUUAGUGGGGAGUUCGCUCUAGGCGAGUAAUUCUACUAAAAACAUGCUGACCCCUCACCCAUUCCAAGUUUAAAACCAUGUGCAGCUUCCUAACACCAUACAAUCGACGGGAUUCCUUGAUGGGUGGCGUCCUCGACGUCAUCGUUGUAUUUACUCUAGGUGACACCAAGAAAUAUCCCCAUGGUCUGUAGUUUUCUCUCACUGACUUACCAAUUUUGGUGUCGUCGGCAUCAAAGUUUCUCAGUUUGGCUUCAGAAACAUCCAAAUUUCCUUGCGCCUGAAGUUUCAAACAUCUCCAAAAUCCUUGGAAGGAUAUAGAAUAAAAAUGCAUGAAAUUCCUCGAUGUUUUAAUAAGUCGAAUGGAUCCACUAAGACAGUUUGCGUGCUAAUUUUCCGACCCCUCGUCCGCGAAUCACAACAGAAUGAAGUGAUGAUCCAGAAGCGUUCUACCCUCAUUCUGUUUCUUCGUACUAACCUGAUUUCUUAAACUGCACGAGUCGCUGUGGUACAGAUAAAAACUCCGUUAUGAAGUUCGGUCUCGUUUAUCACUCCGGACAAGAUAGGCUGUCUAACAGAAGUCAAAAAAGUAAAGUUCGGAGAAGAAAGCGAUUUAUGCUCAUAAAACGACAGUAGUGUGGUGGACAAUUUUAGCUAUGGAGUAUUGAUUGCUAGUCUUCUUUCCUAUUCUAUAUUGACGACAAUACCUUGUUGUAACCUCUACAGCCCGUCGACAGAGUGAAUUUGCCUUGCCCACUAGACGGAGAGACUCCACUACUUCCAACAGUUCUCAAAAGUUUUCCAUGACGGACAUGCCCAAAGUGCCUAAUGUGUUGCAUGAAUUUGAACGUAUACACCAGGAACGCAAACAGAGUCGCGAGCUAACCCUCUCGCAGUUUGAGAAUGCUCGCAUGCAACGAUGUGUAUCGGUGGAUCGUCCAGUCGGACCCUUGCGCACACUCCCUGCUCAUCCGAGUCGCUGGAUGCCGGCCGGCUUGCCUCGACCGGCAGCUCCGAACGGACAGUUAUCCAGUGGGGAGCAGUUCAAUCGGGAUUUCAGAGACCAGGCGAUAGCAGAAGUUGCCGCAGAGAACGUUGAUAAGAACGAGCAGGUCGCAGACUCGAUGUCCUCCCUGAGGUAUCUUGGAACGCAGAUUCCAUCGAGGACUUUCAGAGCAUUGGCGUCGCUCCUUGGAAUGGAUGAUCCGAACAAAGCCAGUAUUGAGGCAGCGUCCAAGGGUAAGCUGUCAAAUAGUUCGUGUUUGGGUGCUCACAUCCUUCAGUCACCCUGUCCAAAUUUGUUUUUAACCCAACAUAUAGGGGCACAGCUUUGUGAGUCUGAGCGUUCGAAUGUGGUUCGGAUUUUAAAAUGUCCUGUACAACCGUGAACUUGUGACUCCUAAAUUUGUUGUUUCCUUUGAGUUUCGGCAAUAAGCCUAAAAUCGAUUUGGCAGGUGAGGAUUUAGAGGACUACCAGCCCAUCGCAUGCCAGAGAAUUCUGAAAAAGUGCAGGUGUUCGCCGUAGAUCUAUCUUCCUUUUCAUUGGAAGUAGUUCGUUGCACACGAAGAUGAUCCCUCUAAACAAUCACUUUUUGAUUGAACUCUGUGUCCAAUUCUAGUAGUGUGGGGUUCGCCGGAAACUGCACUGCAUAUGAAAUUCUUUUACUUUCAUUACUACUUAAAGCAUAAAUUAAGUCUAUUGGUGUGUAUAUCUCUGUAAAAGCAGGGUCCUCCUGACAUCCUGAGGACUUCAAAGGGACUGCUCUCAUGUCAGUACGCAAUUUUGGAAUAACUUAGUUGACUAACGCCACCUGGGUACGAGCCCAUUCGGUUGGAGGGAGUUAGAUCCAAGGCCAAUUGGGGUACAUAGAGUCUUACGGCAGGAAUACUGAUUCAUGCCACUUCCCACACUGAAUAAUACAGUUUCAUUGAAAAAAAAACAGUCAAUUCAUUUACAAGACAAUCCUGUCCAAAACUGAAAAUAAAAGUUGGUGGAUUUCACUCCAGUCACUAGCUAGACAUCUCCAGAUUCUGUUUGGAGACGUUAUGAAUUAUGCGGACCGAAGUUCAUAUCUAAAGCAUUUCCUAUGUGAGAUCGGACGUCAGUCAGGAGCCCACUUUUCUUAGGGUUUUUAAUAGCAGUUCCAUGAUGAAAUUGAUUUGCUCAUAUUCUAUAUUGCGAUCACUACAGGUCGAUGAGCGUUCCUCUAAUGUGCAGUGUAAAAUUCUCUGUAGCGACCGGUAUGAUGCGAUACCGUCGAUGAACUGGCGGGACGCCUGUUUCCAUGUGUAACUUCAGCCGGUAUCAAACUCUGAGCCCUUGACGCCUGGGCUUUGGGUGUGGCUGGUUACCGUAGGCAGAUAAAUCAGAAAUGGCUAAUCUAGAUUUCCGUGUCUUGACCUUUAACUCUUCAUGAAUAAUACACCGCUUGGCAUCCCUAGAUAGUUUGGCUUCGACUACAGCCACGCCCUUUGCAUCCGCUGGCAUCGUCGGCCUGGUGAGUGGCCUAGGACGUAUGCGAACUGCGCCACUCACCCCAUUAACGGACCCCUGCGUGGACAUGUGCACGCGCGGGUGAUGCGUGCACGGGGGGGAGUAGCGAAUUUCCGAAGGCGUCCCUACGCUUCUAGAUCGGUGGUCUGGUAUCCAGUUUACUUGUAGAGACUGACAGUUCUAGCGGUGCACAGUUGUCGGGGUGCAUGCUGCUCUACAGGCAGCCUAUAGAAAAACCGGUGCGGAAGGUAGGACUUAACUCAACAUACUCGUUUAUUAAAAGCCGAAAGAAGGAAGACGGUGUGAGCACAGAUACAGUGAGUGACCGAUCUCAUGAAAUGUUGAUUGAAAUUCUAAAUUGCGUUUUUGACUAGGAGGGAUUACCUAGGCGUGGUUGUAAUACUGAGUAUCUUGCGGCAUAAUCUUAUAAUAUUUCGGACUCGGCAGGAUGUCAGCUUUAAAAUACACUUUUUUUAAACUCCUGUAGAAACCGCACUCGGUAAAAAAUAACUACUUGAGUGGCAUGCACCUUUCCUAUUGCUUUUCAAUGACCUUGCAAAUUCAAAUAUAUGUUAUAGAAACCAUAAACAAAAUAUGCUUUCUCUUGUCCUUUGAUAGAGAAUUACGUCUUCUUUCUAUUUUAUACUCGAAGAAGGAAUAUAAUUAGGUUUUAAAUAGUUUCUAAUUAUUCGAUUUUUUAAGACCGCGCAAUAUCCAUUCACAUAGCAUCGUACCUGUCCGUUUACCACAACUCCUCAUGAAAUGUACAACAUGGUCGGCAUCCAUUGCAAAAUUUAAUGGAUUCUGUAUGAUAUCUUUAUAAAGACAUAGAAAAAUAUGUGAUUUUCUUUACGCGGAACGCUCACACCUUGUACACUGAAAUCGCUAAGCACUAGUUCAACAAAUGAUCAGACUCCAAAUUAUUUGGCAAUUAGAAAACUAUUUCAAAACUUCAUUAUACUCCUUCUUCGAGUAUAAAAUAUGCAGAAGACGUAAUAUAUAUAUAUAUAUAUAUAUAUAAUAUUUGACCAUCGAAAAUCAUUACGGGAAAGGCAUGCUGCUUAAGUAAUCAUUUUUUACCGAGUACGCUUUCUACAGGAGCUUGGAAAGCAGUCUAUUCAAAAGCCAACAUCCUGCCGAGUUUGAAAUACUAUAGGAUUAUGCCGCAAGAUAAACAAUAUUACAACCGCGUCUAGGUAAUCCUUCCUAAUCGAAAAGGCAUUUCAGAAUUUCAGCCAACAUUUCAUGAGAUCGGUCACUCACUGUAGGUGACAGAGGAAUGCGGCAGCAGGCAGUUCUAUAUGCAGUCGACGGAUAAUGUCGUCGACCGAUUAAUACCCGUCGCCGUAUAAUAUCGAAAGACAUCUGGCAGCUUGUUUACUAUCCUCCUAUCGGUUAUUUGUACAGCUGGCAACCGAAAUUCUGAAAUUUGUUUUCAAUCAGGAAGGAUUAUUUAGGUGGGAUUGUAAUACUGUAAUCAAUCGGGUGUCACCAACUACCAUACCAUGUCUAUCAAGCUUUUAUGCUUGACAAGGUACUGACAAAAGGCUACUAUUAGUAUUUAAAGCAUGCGAACAAGUUAAAGGCGAUUUAGGUAAAACGAGUUGGGAAGAACAAAGUUAUUGGUCCCAUGACAAGCCGAGAGGGAUUUUUCUCCAAGGAUCUGUACGGGCGCGGAGUCCGGGCAAAAAUGCGAUUCAUGUUGCCCCAUCCGAUUCAAUCCUCACGCUACAGCUAUUCCAGGGGUUCCGCAAUUCCGGACGCGAGUAGGGCCUGUUUUGACUUUAAGAGCAGUUGUCGUGACGACCGGUGCACUUACAGCUGCCGGUCUGAAAUACCACCGAGUUGAAGGAGGUUUACGUGAAAUCUAAAGUAAUUAAAUUGAUAUUUGACAAUCAUGUAAUUAUGAAACAUUUAAAUUUCAGUGACAUGGACGUCGAACCAGGCAGACAGCUUAACAUCACGCACUUAACCUUGAGGGACUUAACUCAUUCAUUAACAUCAAAAGGGCUGGUACACACACGAAAAAAUACGCUCCAGAUACUGUGGAUUUCAUUCAAGUAACAUGACAGAUCAAAGCUUGAGCUAUAGUUGAAUUUACAACAUUCAUGUGAGCUUUAUCUUUUGUAUUUAGCAAACAUGGCAGGCCGCGUAAAUAAAAUAUGAAGCAUCUGAUAAUAAGACUGUGGCUAAAUAUUCCCGAUUAAUAACCUAGCUGGUAAAAAUGGUGUGUGCAAAUAAAAUAAGAAAUUUCGCCCCAAAAUGGCAUCACACUGUGGGACAGAAAAUAACCCUUGGAAUGUGACCUGUAGGUUAAAUUCCUCUCUAGCACACUUUCCCGGUAAUAUAAUCAAUGAGUGAAACGUUUAAUAUCGUAAACGAAAUUUUUCGUAUGAAAAUUUGGUGAUUGCUGUGUUGUCGGCUUCGUGCGCGACAAGAAUUGACUAGUUAGAAUGUUGCACCCUUUGACAGACGUCUGGAGGUUAGUCAGAAACUCACUCAAGCCAAAGGGAAGUUAAUCCGGCGGGUGUCUGAGCUGAUGAUUCGGAUAAUUUCCUCAACUGGUGGGGAAGACUUAUUCAUUCGACUCUUCCUAACCAGAGUCUUUGUCAUCCAAUGCUACAAGAUAAUGCGAGCAAUUGAUUGAAUAAUGUAAUAACAUGAUAUGAUUUUAUUGAUGAACCUACCGAUAAAAACGGAUAUCCCCGUGUACAACUUUGUCUUACACAUUUAUUUUAUUUGACAAAUAAAAUGUGGUCUCUCGUCGAGUUUUCGCGAAGGAUAUUGUUUAAGCGAUGCACCCUCAUAUAUUUUAGUACAUUCCGUCGGGGUUCUUACUCCUCUCACAGCUGCUCAUAGUCGCUCGUAAUGACAUUCGAUUCUCCGGAAACGCCUAAAUACAAAAAAAGCUUUUUAAGCUUCUAGUCUUCUUUCCUCACAGUCCCCCCUAAUAUACGUCAUAACUGCUGGAUGAUGAGUCCUGAACAGCUCAUUUUUUAAUCCAUACGCCUUACGCAACCAUCAUAUCUAGUGAUGUAUCCCCCCUGUCUGGAUCUCCCGUCCCUUCCAGGGGUGGUCUUGAGCCCUUUUUCAAACCACUAUCUCCACAAGUCUUACUUAUCUUUUCUUAUUUUUUUACCAAAAAAACUCGACUCCCCUUCUCAGAGCCGUGCCGAACAGUUAUCGAUGUGCGUGCGAAGGCCGAGGAAAUGAGGCUUGAGGCGGAGAAAAAAGCCUCAGUGAGUGGACCCUCCCCGUCACCAUGCAACGGUCUCCUCACCCCCGGAACUCCCGAAAGUCGAACAGUUGACCCGGCUUGA